AUGAUUUCAGACCUUAUACCUAUCCACCGAAGAGGCUUCGCCAUGUCAAUGUAUUCAGUUGGUUUCCUGCUGGGACCUGCUGUUGGCCCGAUUGCCGGUAGCCUUUUGGCAGCAGCAGCCGGAUGGCGAUGGGUCUUUUGGUUGCUGUUAAUUCUUAAUGGCACCACGGGAGUUAUUUGCGCCCUUACAUACCGCGAGACAUAUGAGCCCGUUCUUCUCGAGUGUAAGGCAAAGAGGCUGCGCAAAGAGACGGGGAACCCAGCUCUUUACGCCAAGGGCGCUCGGAAACGCCCAGCAAAGGUUGCUCUACAAUAG